AUGAUUACCUGGACUCACCGUCGGUUGGGGUCCCGCGUCACUGGCCACGAGACCCUGGAUCUCGAACCCUGGUCGUUUGCGGUUUCGUCCCUGGAAGCCGUUGAGGAGGAAGGAGACGCCGAGAUGCAAGAGGCUGAGGAUCCGGGAGGACCCGUUGAUGAUGCUGGGGAGGAGGAGGGCGCCCGCGCCGGCGAGGUCGACACCGGCACGGCGGCCGAGCCUCCGCUCGAAGUGGAUGCGAGGGUGAGGGGUUUAGUCCAGGAGGUGCAUGUCAAUUUAGGACACCCCCGCGUCCCCCUGUUCCUUCGUAUUCUCCGAGCGGCCCACGCCAAGAAAGAGAUCUUGGACUAUGUGAAAUCGGAGUUCGUGUGCCCUGAUUGCGCCGCACAUCCCCGACCCGCCUCAAGAAGGCAAGUAGCGACGCCACAUACUUUCCAAUUCAAUCGAGUGGUCGGCGUGGACACCUUUUUCGUGUCGUUCGAGGGUCGCUCGAUCGCCUUCCUCAACUGUAUCGACCACGGUACCAAUUAUCAAGUUGUUGCUCGGUACGAGGGGGGGCGGCCGGGGCGCGGGCUUGCUUUGUCGCAUGUUGGCUUCGAUACUUCGGCCCACCCGAGCUCCUUGUCAGCGACGGCGGGCCCGAGUUCCAAGGGGAAUUCUCCAUGGGCCUGGAACAACACGGGGUGUACCAACACAUCGCGAGCGCCGAGGCGCCGUGGGAGAACGGCCGCUGCGAGUGGCACGGGGGUUGGGUGA